UUGGCCCUGUCUGUGACACUGCUCCCUACCAUAAGAAAUAUGGCAUCAGGAGGGUGGUGAUGGUGAAGGCCCAAGCCGGGAACAUGCAGCAAUGGAGCCCCGACAUCUUGGGGGUUGGGCCAUCUUCACCAGGAUCCAUGAAACCAAUAUAAAGAAGCAGGCCUUGCUGCCCCUUGCCUUUGCUGACCCCUCUGACUACAACAAGAUCCAUCCAGUGGACAAGCUGCCCAUUCGAGGCCGGAAGGACUUUGCCCCCUGGCAAGCCUCUGACGUCAUCAUCAAACACCCCAAUGGGACCCAGGAGACCAUCCUCCUGAACCACACCUUCAGUGAGACUCAGAUCGAGUGGUUUAGGGCAGUUCCCUACACAGGAUGAAGGUGCUGCAGCAAUAAGGAAGGUCCAGGCUGGCUGUCCUGUUACACUGGACCCUGCUGGGUGUCAAAAGGACAGG